CACGUGGUUAAGCUGUGGGAAGUUGUGGGAUUUCAUGAGGAGACGAAAAAUUCCUUCUUAAACCCUAAUUCCCAAAACCUAAAAACCCAGGAAGAAACUUCUACUCCUGCUGUUACUCUCUCCCUCUGAAGAUGGCAAGGCGUUUGAUUCCUUCUCUGAAUCGCAUUUUGGUUGAGAAAAUAGUUCCUCCUUCCAAAACCAAUGCUGGAAUUCUGCUUCCUGAGAAAACUUCCAAGCUGAACUCUGGAAAAGUGGUUGCUGUGGGUCCUGGAUCUUGGGAUAAAGAUGGAAAGCUUAUUCCUGUUACUGUAAAGGAAGGAGACACUGUUCUUUUGCCUGAAUAUGGGGGCAUUGAAGUGAACCUUGGUGAUAAAGGGUAUCAUCUAUACCGAGAUGAGGAUAUCCUCGGAACUCUUCAUGAUUAAUGCAUAAUGUUUCCAAGAGUUGGAAAUUAAUUCAGUUAGAUACUCUUGAGAUUACUGUUGGUUUCCCAGCAUGCCAAUUGAAACUUGCAUCAACCUUGUCUUUUGUAUUCCCAAGGGAGUGAGGUUGGAAAUUAAUUUGCUGUGGGUAAUGAAAAAAAAUAUGAAAACUUUCUUAUCUUUUCA